GCGCGCACAUCGCCGAGUUUUUCGCCUCCGCUAUUACCGCUCUCCUCACCGCGUUACUGUCGCUCGUAACGCAUCGCCGCCACCGCACGGUCGUUUCGGUAGAUACGCCACCGCCGUCGCCGUCGCCGUCGCCACCGGUAUCUCGUGUCGUGUGCGCCGCCGUGCACCGGGCCGUGUUCGUACCAUCAUCGUGUUAUAUCCUCGCGUACACAUCACGGCAGCAAAAUACGAACAGAUUUUUUUCCCUACCCAAAUCGGAUUUCAUUGCGUACGAUAGACGAGCAACGCGGUAUUGCAAAAACGAAAAACCAUUACGUAUAAUACGUAUAAUACCCAUUAAAAUAACCCAAAAGGAAUAAUAGUUGCGACUGUUUUUUUUUUUUUUUUUUUAUACUCCGGUUCUACGAAUAAGAAAUUCGAAAUAAACCGUCCAGUUUGUUUUAUGACAUCGCCACAAACUCCCACGUAAAACUAUGUCGGCCACCAAGGAUCAAGAGCAAGGAAUUGAUAGCCAACAUGGGGAAACAGACGAGUUUUCUCAAUCAGCAUCUAUAUCGGGCCCAGCGAGUCAUGUCCAACAGUCCAUCCGGCGAAGAGGUGGUAUAUCAGCUGAGCACGUAUCUGAAGAGGAAGCAACAAGCUAUGUUAAGAAAGUAGUGCCAAAAGAUUACAAAACAAUGGCGGCUUUAUCGAAAGCCAUCGCUAAAAACAUUUUGUUCUCUCAUUUGGACGAAAACGAACGGUCAGACAUUUUCGAUGCUAUGUUCCCGGUCACGUUUCUACAGGGCGAAUCUAUUAUUCAACAGGGUGACGAGGGAGAUAAUUUUUAUGUAAUCGACGUUGGCGAGGUUGAGGUGUACGUGAACUCGGAACUAGUGACGGUGAUCGGCGAAGGCGGGAGUUUUGGCGAACUGGCUUUGAUACACGGUACACCACGGGCGGCCACGGUACGUGCUAAAACUGACAUGAAGCUCUGGGGUCUGGAUCGCGACAGUUACAGGAGAAUACUUAUGGGGUCGACGAUCCGAAAGAGGAAAAUGUACGAAGAAUUCUUGUCACGCGUCUCUAUUCUAGAGAGCUUAGACAAGUGGGAGAGACUGACGGUGGCCGAUGCCCUGGAACCCGUGUCGUUCGAUGAUGGUGAAACAAUUGUCAGACAAGGCGAACAAGGAGACGAUUUUUACAUAAUCGUCGAAGGAACGGCGCUCGUCUUACAACAACGAGUGGAAGGAGAAACUCUGAUCGAAGUUGGCAGACUCGCACCGUCCGAUUACUUUGGUGAAAUUGCACUAUUACUCGACCGUCCGCGAGCGGCUACAGUCGUCGCCAACGGACCGUUGAAGUGUGUGAAACUCGAUCGAGCUAGGUUUGAAAGAGUGUUGGGCCCGUGCGCUGAUAUAUUAAAGAGAAACAUUACACAAUACAACAGCUUCGUAUCCUUGUCUGUAUAGGAUUUACGCAUACAACGAACAAUAUUUAUUUAUUUUUUUGUGUUCUUUAAAAACUAUUUUCAGUUAUUAAUUGACUAUUUUGACAUUUUUCGUUUCUGCGUUGUAUACUAUUAGGCAAUUAUAAUUAAAUCAAAUUUCGUAAAUAUAUUUGAUAACGCGCUAUUA